CCUGCUUCAAUGGUGCCAUGACUAAAAAAAGUUAUUUCUCAUCGAGAUGCUGCGGACACUGUUUCUUAUCCAUUUAUUCUGGUUAAUCUACUGCCACGUUUUAUCAAAGGCACUUGCUGAAGUGCCAGACGUUUUGAAAAACCCAGAAGACCUCGUCGAACCUUCAAAACUUAUGAAUGGUUCCGUAGUGCCACCUCUGACUGAUUUGUUAACCGCGGACAAGAUCAUAGCCAGUUUUGGGUACAAGGCGGAGGAGCACAGUGUAGAUACCGAGGACAAUGAACGUUUUACACUGAAGUUAUUCCGCAUCCCGGCAUUAAAGACGCGUUGUAGGCAUAGGCCUAAAAAGCCGGUAGUGCUUUUCAAUCACGGGAUGACCGGAUCGGCGGACUCGUGGCUGAUUAUGGGACCCAAGAAUGGAUUGCCCUACUUGUUGUCCGAUGUCUGCAACGAUGUUUGGCUGGCCAACUGCCGCGGAACACGUUACUCCAAGGAGCGGAACCCAAAAAUUCCUGAUUUGCACAAAUACUGGGACUUCAGCUGGCACGAAAUCGGAAUGGAGGACCUCCCCGUCAUAAUUGACUACAUCCUUGAUAAGACAAAUCACAGCGCUCUGCACUUUGUGGGCUAUUCCCAGGGCGCCACAACGCUGAUGGUGUUGCUCAGCAUGCGACCAGAGUACAAUGAGAAGAUCAAGACCGCCCAACUGCUGGCUCCUACUGUCUUCAUGCGCCAAUCCCUCAAUCUGAUUUACAAGCCCUUGAGUCCCAUACUUAAAUUAAUGCCCGACCGUGAGCUUCUGCCCACUCUCAAAGAUCUGCACAACUUCCUUACUAACCUGUGCAGAAGGAACAGUUUAAAGAAAGUCUGCAAGACCUGGUUCCUUUUAUCCAGCGGACGAGUGUCGAGACACAUGGACAGAUCAGUUAUCCCGUUGUUGCUUGCCACUCAUCCCGUUGGAAUUUCAACAAGGCAGCAGAAACACUACUUCCAGCUCAAGUACUCAGGGAGGUUCCAACAAUACGACUUUGGCUCCUCGGAGAACAAAAUACGAUACAACAAACCAUCUCCACCGAUUUAUCCCCUGCAAAAUGUCCGCCCGUGUUCGCCCAUUCAGCUGUACUACAGCAAGGAUGACGAAACCGUUUCCCCAAAGGACAUUUACACACUAAUAAACAAUUUGCGCCAUACGGUGGUGGAACAUCUUAUAACAGUCCGCAUGUUUGACCACGCGGACUUUCUAUUCUCGAUUACAGCUAAUAUGAUAGUUAACGUUCCGGUAAUUGGUGUUAUUACCAAAUAUGAGCUUUCCAACAAAAAAUGCCAGUCUUAAGAUAUUUAAUAGUUAUGGGAACAAAUUAAAUGCUUCUAAUUUCAAUAGCUAA